AUUCAUCAGAAUAGCUACUGCUAGAUCACUCUAGUUACUUUAUACACCACUACUUGCCAAAUGCUAUAUCACUGCAUCAAGGACACUCUGCACAGGAGCAUUUCUGAAAAAGAUUAUUGAUCAAUAAUUGCUGUACAUGGUUUAAGGAGGAUAUGAAAUUAUUUAAAGAGCAAUAACCAGUGCGAGCAGCCGCAGUGUAGUAGACCUUGUAAUCCGAAAUUGGUAAGAAACAUAAACGUUAUCCGAAUGACGGGAAAAAAAACUGUUAACGAAUGUCCAUACAAGCCGAAAAUGGAUGAUAAUUGUUUACUAUUAUCAUUAUUAUUAUACUCUUGCAAGCUGUAGCAUAUUUAACAAUGGUUUUUUAUUUCAAUGCUAUAACAAAUACGUUCAGCCCUGUAGACCGGAGACGUGUAAAUCUACAUCGCAUUCAUUCAGAAACGAAGGAAAAAUCGUAGGAAAUACGGUUUACAAUUGUUCUUACGCGACUUACGUCUGUGGAUCGGGGCAGAAGCCGAUAAAACAAAAUGAUAAUCUGGUCAUGGCUGGCGAAUUUGACUGCUUAACAAUCAACAGGAUGAGCUACCCGAUACAUUGUUCAUCCAGAGUGAGCAAAAUCGUGCCCAGAGAUCAUUGUCUUGGGGGCAAAACAUCUAUGAAAAAGGAGACUACGAUGGUUCAUGAUUUUUAUUUACCAUGUGACGUUGAUCGCGAGAAGAAAAUAUUGCCCCGUAACAAUUUUCGUGGGUAUGACGACUGUCCUAUGGAUUCAUUGACGACAAAUAACUGUUCGUACCAGCCAGUGUGCACCGUCCCGAUGAUCAGUUACAUGUCAAAAGACUAGUAUGAUAUAGCGUCACAUCAUUUUGAUAUUAAAAAAUAAUUUUCCUAAUGUACUUUUUUAUGUUAAUAAAAUCAGUAAUUCCCGUGUUAUAA